AUGCCACCCAAGGAUGACAAGAAGAAGAAGGACGCGGGCAAGUUGGCCAAGAAGGACAAGGACCUCGUCAACAAGUCCAGCGGCAAAGCCAAGAAGAAGAAGUGGUCGAAGGGGAAGGUGAGGGACAAGCUCAACAACCUCGUUCUCUUCGACAAAGCCACGUACGACAAGCUGUGCAAGGAGGUGCCCAACUACAAGCUCAUCACGCCAGCCGUCGUCUCCGAGAGGCUCAAGAUCCGCGGCUCCCUGGCCCAAGCGGCUCUCCAGGAGCUGCUCAGCAAAGGUCUAAUCAAGUUGGUAUCCAAGCACAGAGCCCAGGUGAUCUGUACCCGCAACACCAAGGGAGGGGAUGCACCAGUUGCUGGGGAGGAUGUAUGAAAAGGGUCACAAGUGCUGGUGAAACCCUGCAUGUUCAUUAAUAAAAAUAAAAUAAUUGAAUUCU